AUGGCUCAAGCAGGAACCUCCUGUGAAGCUGAGGCUAAGAGGUUGAACUUAAAAAGAAAAAGAAAUUCUACAGACAAUGAGGUUGAGAAUACUCCACCGGUUAAAAUAUUAUCUACAAGAGAAGAACCAAGUGACAACACUCACAUAGCUGAAAAUGUGGUAGUUGAAACAUCAUGCUCAAGUGAUGAUGGGAACACAGAACAGCCAAGGAGUGUAUAUACAGACAUAGAUUACAGUGCAGAUAGUUUUUUGAGCCCACCGAGUAUACCAGAACUUACAAACUGCGUUCUUAGUCCCUUAGAUAAUGUAGCUAGAGGAGACUCAACUCCACACUCCAAUAAGAGAGCUAGCACUAGUAAAGCCCAAUGCCCCAUACCCCUAAAACGCAGGUGCCCAUUGUCAGGCCUAUCUUGGGCUGAUCCUUCUGACCUUUGGAAGACAAUGUGUGAAUCUGAUGCACGGUCUGCCAUGAAGAGAAACCCUAAUAUGUUUGACAACCACCCUAGCUUAAAACUGAGAAUGAGAGCAAUUUUGCUAGAUUGGUUAAAUGAGGUAUGCGCGGUAUACAAGCUACAUAGACAGACUUUUCACUUGACCGUUGAUUACGUGGAUCGGUAUCUUUCAAACACUAGCGACAUACAAAAAGGAUGUUUACAAUUAAUAGGUAUCACUUCUUUAUUUAUAGCGGCGAAGAUAGAAGAAGUUUACCCACCAAAGAUUGGCGAGUUCGCAUACGUUACUGACGGUGCGUGUACAACGGACGAAAUCCUGCUGGAAGAACAGCUCAUCCUUAAAGUUCUAUCUUGGACCUUGACGCCUAUCACCAUUAACAGUUGGCUCAAUAUUUACAUGCAGCUUGCUAGCGAAGGGCGCAGUGCAAAGAAAAGGAUAUUAGGCGAACGCGACGCAGGUAUAAACGCAUUGAGAAGCUACACUUUUGUGUUUCCUCAAUACUCGUCCCUCGAAUUUGUUAUCUGUGGACAAUUAGUGGACCUCGCGAUGUUACACGUGGACGUGAACCGAUUUGCGUAUAGCGAAGUCGCUGCUGCAGCUAUUGCUCACUCCUUCAACAAGGACCUCGCUUUGAGGGUUUCCGGUUACAGUUGGGAGAUGCUGGAGCGAUGCUACCGGUGGUUGUCACCAUUCGCGGAUGUAGUCCGGAGUAUGGGCGAGACGUGCGUAGUGCGGGGCGGGGACGGGGAACAUGUGCAGCGCGCUGCUGAACUCACACUUAUAUGUCCAGACCUAAACAUAGACGAGAGUCAUCGUAUACAAUCACACGAUAUUACUCUGGACAUGUUUGACAAAGUGUAUCAACUCCUUGAAGAACAAGCUUCCACGCAAGGUACAGCACCAUCUACACAAGAUCACAUGUAUCCCCCGACACCCCCACAGUCAGACCAAAAGAGUCCCAGUACUCCGGCUUCUAAUACCCCAUCCACAAGGCAUAUAUCCCCUAUUCCAGAGAUAAAUCUCAGUGAAGUGUGA